AUGUUGUCCCGACGAGAACGUCGUGACAGUGAGACGUCCACCGAUUCGUGGUCUCUUGUAGAAGAAGACCGCCUUGACGAUGACUUCUCUUUGAACUCCACUGACAACGAGGGGGCGGAGCUUGAGACCGCUGAGCCGAUUGUCGAAGAGCCCAUCACUUCUGAUGAGGAUGAGGACACCGCAUCAGAGAAGUCGUUGGAUUCAGAUUCCGAGGAUUCUGAAGACUCUGACGUCUCCGUGGAUUCAGAAUCUGAGGAGGAAGAAUCUGAUAUUGAACAAGAGGAAGAUGAUAUUGUUGAAGAGGGAGAGAUUGCGAUUCAAGAGGAAUCUGAAGUUGAAGAAUCUGAAGACGACGACGUCAUCGAUUCGGAGGAUUCUGAUUUGAGUGAUGAGGAGGAGAUUGUUGAAGAAAUCAUUGCUGAAACUGAUGAUAUGGAGACGGAGGAGGCGAUUAGAGCGUGCAAGGAACAGGAUUACUGGUUGGAUGAAGAGGUUCAAGCAGACCCCAUCGAGUCUCGUCGUGUCUGCCGUAUGCUUCUCGCCGUCAUCAUGUUCUUUAUGAUAUUCCCAUUGGCUGACAUCUUCACUUCGUGGAUUCUGACCUACCAGAAUCAUCGUCUCAGUCAUGGUGUCCAAUCUGAUCUUCAUAUGAUUGAUAGCCUGCAGAGCUAUCCAUCGAUGAAUGAAUGGAUCACUAAGAUUGAGGAGGAGAGUGCCGAGUUGAGGAAAUGGAGAAGAAAACAGAGGUCCGACCGCAACAGUCUCCGCCUUCUCGAGAACAUCCUCCAGCGUGAAACCAAGAGAGCACCUCAACUUAAAUGCUACGAAGUCUUGGAGAUGCUCACCAACAGAUCAUACAACUGGAGAAGACAAUCCGAUGCUCCUCAUUUCCAACCAGUGAAAAUCUCGCAAAUCCCAAAAGAAUUCCCAAAAAUCAAAGUAGAUUUCGACGUUUGGCUCAACUACCAACACAAUAUCUCCCAGAUUCAUGCUAGAUCACGGGCUCAGUGUCGAGCCCUCGCCCCGGUCCCUCCGGCUCCAUUCUCGCCACGCCGUGUCCGAAAAACUCAGGUGCCACGUCAUCAGCCGUGCUUCGUCCACGUCAAUCAAUCGAAAUGGACGUGUCAGAAGAAUUUGCCGUCUGUGAUCUACAAUACGUCGCCAAAUUAUACUGUAAUGCCACGUGGAUUCACUUAUACGGAGAAGAAGAGAGGAAUGGGAAACUUCAAGAAGUCGAAACCGGUGAUCACCACAGAGAAAUAUGAUAUUUGUGGGAAGAAAGCGAGCCAAUCAAUGAGAAGCGCCUUAAAACCCACCGAUCAGUGUCAUACCCGCCAACUUCCAAAAUUCACUCCACGCCGGAAACAUAUCGCGUACAAAGCACCACUUCCAUGCAAGAUUCCUACUUACAAACCAACAAUCCCAAAAAAAUCGUUCAAACCAUCGACAUCUGACGAUUGGCUUCAGAAGAGAAGCCAACAUCGUGCUCAACUUCGGCAACGUGCCUAA